AUGGCUGUAUAUGAGGAACCCUAUGUCGAGGACUACAACUCGGAGCUGUCUGAGGCCAUCCCUCUGACAAGACGGCAAACAACAAAGCGUGCUUCGGGUCUGUCAAACUCGAUAUCUGCUGAUUCAACCAGCUAUGAGCCAGAGAGUACAAAUGUGUCGGAUUCUGGAUACUCAUCACACGCUGAGGCCAGCACCCCAGGAGAGACUCCUCCACCUAAAUCAGCUACCCCAAGUACCCCAUCAAGGAACCAAGCUCGAUCCAGCCGCUCCCCAUCAAACCCGGCACUCCCGCCAUUCACUAGACCGUCGAGCAAGUCCUUCACUCGUGCCCAGGCAUCGGCGGGAACCGUCCCCCGGAAUAUCCCAAGCAGCUACAACACGGUGAGGAGGGAAUACAGGGAGAGCUCGCCGUCAACGUCGACCGGUGGUGCGGAUGAUUGCGAUUGUGCGGAUUGUGGAAAGCCUUCAAAGCCUGUGACUAGCUCCCCAAGUAGAAACAGUGGUGCCUGGCCCGGUAGUGUCCCAGAGCACCCGUACCAUGCUACGUACUCUUCAUCACCCUCUUCUUCUUCGUAUGCUUCUUACCCAUACCCGUCAAAGUACGAUGGUUACAGCGAGAGUGCCCCAACCCACGCUCCGUAUGCCACUGAUCCUCGUGAGGGAUCGUCUUCAAGAAGGGAAAGGUCAUCGACACAGUCAACGAUGCCUCCUCCCCCGAGACCAUUGUCGACUUUUGCAGGUGCUUCAGCAACAACAUCUUCGCACAGCCCAAGUGGAUCGUGGUCGCAAUCCACCUACAGCAGCUCUGGAUAUGUUGGACACGCCUCAUCACCAACUCCAGCGGCGCCGGCUCCAUCCUCAACAUGCCCACCAACGUACUCGUCCUCGAUGUAUCCUCCUCCUCCGAUAGAUACAUCUGUGCAUUCUUCAUCCCACUCAUACGACUACUCGCCUUAUGCUCCUCCGUCAGCAUCCACUACAUAUGGACAUUCUUACACUCCUGACCCGUACAGCCAGAGCCCAGUUCCACCGGCACCAAAUUACUACCAGGAGCCCAGCUACCACUCGGAUAGCCACCACUCGGACAGCUACCAUUCCGACAGCUACCACCAUUCCGACAGCUACCACCAGCCCGAGUACAGCUCCCUGCCACCUCCGCCCGCGUUUACGGGCCGCAGAGGUAGUAUGCGUGCCUCGGCAAGUGCAGCUGUGCUCGACUCCAGCGAGUACUACACUCAGCCAGAAUACACUCACCCACAGGUAGCGCAGCACCGCGAGCGCCGCUCAAGUAACCGUGUCCACAGUUCCGAGAGGCCCACAUCAUGGUACAGCCAGUCACAGUUCCAGGAUGUUCCCAGCAGAAGCAUUUCCGUUCCUCCGGCCCAGCCAGAUCCUCAGGCCGCCCCGACAUCGAGCCGUAGAAUGGCAACACCGCAGCCGAUCAGGAGAAGGGACAGCAGCAACUCACAGGGGUCGGGCUCGCACUCGUCGAGACUUCCGUCGUCGCUUUCUCGCUCGAUGGAGACUUGUGCUAUUGAUGAUGAGCCGCCUUCACGUUCAUCACGCCAUGGCCACAGCCAUCACCGUAGCAGCGGGUACUAUGAGCAUCAUCAGCAUGGUGCUGUCACUCGCAGGGACGCGGGGACUUUGAUGCAGAAUAGCCACAGUAACCGUAGCAGCGACUCGGGAAGCAGUGGGUACAGCCAUGAUAGUGGAAGGGAGGAGCUGGUUGUUCUGGAUUCAGAUGAGCCGUUCACUAUGAGGUACCCGGCGGGCGUGCCGGUCAAGUUGUCGCUUAAUGGUGGCCACUCUCCGAGGACUAUCUCUGUGGGAAACAAGAACGACAACUUUGAGUACUCGAUAGGAUACAAGUACGUCCAGCAGAGGCAGCAGCAGUUGCAUGCUCAGCUGAGUGGAGGAACUGAUCACUAUGAUCGCCGGACAACCAGUGCGGAUUAUUCGCACAGGAGUUAUGAGCGCCAGAGAGUUUAG